AUGUCUCUCUUCAGGGCAUUAAAGAAAACCUGCUCAGUAAUCAAAAAGAGCCUCUUCUCUAGAGAAACGACUGAAGCAGUGAGAAUGGAAACCACAAAGAUUAAUAUGUCUCGCAUCCCGCUGGUUAAUGGGGGCAUCGACACUACAAUACUCAAGGCACACAAACCCCGUGUGAUGUCCAAAAGUGGUCACAGCAAUGUGCGGAUAGACAAAGUCGAUGGCAUUUACCUACUCUACCUUCAAGAUUUGUGGACUACAGUUAUAGACAUGAAGUGGAGGUACAAACUCACCUUAUUUGCUGCUACUUUUGUUAUGACCUGGUUCCUCUUUGGAGUUAUCUACUAUGCCAUUGCAUUCCUUCAUGGUGAUUUAGAAAUAAACAAGUUUACCCCAAAGCGCGAGCCGUGUGUCAAGAAUGUCGACUCUCUGACUGGGGCAUUCCUCUUCUCCUUGGAGUCACAGACAACCAUUGGCUAUGGAUUUCGUUUCAUUACAGAGGAGUGUCCUCAUGCCAUUUUCUUACUUGUGGCCCAACUGGUCAUCACCACCUUGAUUGAAAUCUUCAUCACAGGUACCUUUCUGGCCAAAAUUGCAAGACCUAAAAAAAGGGCAGAGACUAUUAAAUUCAGCCACUGUGCUGUCAUUACUAAACACAAUGGAGAACUUUGCCUGGUGAUCAGAGUAGCAAAUAUGAGAAAGAGCCUUCUGAUACAGUGUCAGCUGUCUGGGAAGCUUCUUCAAACAUAUGAAACCAAAGAAGGGGAACGGAUCCUGCAAGCCAGUGUCAAGUUCAAUGUUGACUCCUCUUCAGAGAGUCCAUUUCUCAUUUUGCCUUUAACCUUCUACCACAUUUUGGAUGAAAGCAGCCCUUUGAGAGAUCUCACACCUCAAAAUCUAAAGGAGAAGGACUUCGAGCUUGUGGUGCUCCUGAACGCCACGGUGGAGUCCACCAGUGCUGUCUGCCAAAGCAGGACUUCCUACAUCCCUGACGAGAUCCACUGGGGCUACGAAUUCGUGCCUGUGGUUUCUCUCUCUCCAAAUGGAAAGUACGUUGCAGAUUUCAGUCAGUUUGAGAAAAUUAGGAGAAGCACAGAUUCCACUUUCUAUAGUAUGGACUCUGAAAAACAAAAACUAGAGGAAAAAUAUAGGCAAGAGGAUCAAAGAGAGAGGGAAUUGAGAACAAUGUUGUUACAGCAGAGCAAUGUUUGA